AUGAGCAGUAGAAGAAUUAUCAGAUCAACAUCAUCUUCGUCGAUAAGUGUGUGGAAGAAGGAUCUGGGGCCAAAACUGAGUGAUAUAUUUUUAAGAAAAGACCUGGAGAACGCAAAAAAGAGUGUCAAUAAGGGGAUAGAGCAAAAAAAUUGGAGUGAAAACAAUAAAGAAAUAUAUCUGAACAGUUUUGUAAAUGCAAGUAGGGAUAAUGGGACAGAGUUGGAAAAGAAGAUAACAGAGUGUGAUGUGGAACAUGGUGAAGAAAAAAAAAAAAAAAAUAGUAAUAAUAAUAUUAAUAAUAUUUAUAGCAGUAAUAAUAUUUAUAGCAGCAAUAAUAUUUAUAGCAGCAAUAAUAUUUAUAAUAGUAAUAAGAAGAAAGAAAAAUACACCGAUUUUGCAUGCAGAGAGAUAUUCAUAUUUGACGAGAAUAUUACAUGUUUUCCAAAUUACAUGCACAAGUCAUCUGUAAAUAUAAAAAAGAAAUUUGAUAUAUGUGAUGUAAUAAUAGAAGUACGAGAUGCUCGACUGCCAUUUACAAGUAGUAACCAUUUUAUUAUAAACAGUAUGAAAAAAAAAUAUAAAAAUAGUAAGCGAUGUAUAAUUAUUUUAAAUAAAGUAGAUUUAAUAUGUAAUAAAGUAGCGUUAAAAGCAAAAAAUUUAAUAGAAGAGAAAUCAAAUUCUAUAUGUUUAUUAACAUCAUCAAAAUUUAAUAAAAAUAUAUCAAAAAUACGUGAUAUUUGCAAAGAAAUAAAACCCAAAUUUAAAAGUUUAGGUAUAUUCGCUAUGUUAAUAGGUUUACCUAAUGUAGGUAAGUCCAGUAUUAUAAAUUCGUUCAAAGAUAUUACAUAUAAUAUGAGUAAAUAUGGAUAUAAAAAUAAUAAAAUAGCAUAUGAGGUUAAUAGAAAAAGAGUUCAAACAAAUAUUUUGGCAGGUACGACAAAAACAAUUAACACAUAUAAAGUUUCAAAUAGUCCUUUAUUAUAUUUUAUAGACACACCAGGUAUAUUUUUACCAAAAAUGGAAGAUAAACAAAUCAGCUUAAAACUAAGUGCAAUAGGAUCUACACUAGAUUAUAAAUAUGAUCAUAUGUAUGUUGGAGAUUACAUUUUAUUUAUGUUAAAUAAAUAUAAAUAUUAUAAAUAUGUGAAAAUGCUUGGUCUAGAACAACCUACUAAUGAUAUUCGUUUUGUUAGUAAUGUCAUUUCGACAAAACUAAAUUUAUGUAGAAAUUAUAAAUAUUUAGAUAUUAAUGGUGGAUGUAGAUUUUUUAUUGAUAUGUUCAGAUUAGGUCUCCUGGGACAGGUCUGUUUGGAUGCUGUUCCUAAUACUGAUGACUUUAUCACCUAUUUCGACUUCAAUUCACAAGAACCCCUAGCUGUAGAUUCUUCGAAAAACCCAACUCCAUUCUGCGGCCUGCUCUAA